AUGGCGCCCGCCGUCGGUGGUCCUCAAGGCUCCCCACCACCCGAGGGUAGCUGGGGAUGGAUGGUGGUUGUCGGGGCCUUCAUCUCGAUUGGCUUCUCCUACGCGUUCCCCAAGUCCAUCACUGUCUUCUUCAAAGAUAUAGAGGUGAUCUUCGAUGUGACCAGCAGCCAGGUGUCCUGGAUCUCUUCCAUCAUGUUAGCGUGCAUGUACGGCGGAGUUCCAAUCAGCAGCAUCCUGGUGAAUAAAUAUGGAAGCCAUCCUGUUAUGACAGCGGGAGGAUGCCUGUCUGGAACGGGCCUCAUUGCUGCCUCUUUCUGCAAUUCUGUUCAAGCACUGUACCUAUGUAUUGGUGUGGUGGGAGGUUUAGGAUUGGCCUUCAAUCUGAACCCUGCCCUCACCAUGAUUGGAAAGUACUUCUACAAUAAGUGGCCCAUUGCUAAUGGCAUUGCUAUGGCUGGCAGCCCCGUCUUCUUGUCCACUAUGGCUCCUAUAAACACCUGGCUUUUUGACAAGUUCGGCUGGAGAGGAAGCUUCUUGAUCCUGGGCGGCCUGCUGUUCAACUGCUGUGUCGCUGGUUCCCUCAUGCGUCCCAUAGGACCCAAACCCAAAACUGCAGAGAAGAGCACAGAGAAGAGGACUGUAGUGUCGACCAUUAACAGCUUCAUCGACCUCUCUCUGUUCAAGCACCGGGGCUUUGUGCUCUAUAUUGUGGGCAACAUUGUCAUGUUUUUCGGUCUCUUCGCGCCGCUGGUGUUCCUCAAUAAUUAUGCAAAGAGUAAAGACAUCCCUAAAGACAAGGCAGCUUUCUUACUGUCUGUGCUGGCUUUUGUGGACAUGGUCGCCCGGCCCUUAAUGGGCAUUGUGGCUAACACCAAGUGGAUUUGGCCCAGAAUACAGUACUUCUUCGCUGCCUCGGUGCUGUACAACGGUGUUUGCCACGUUCUAGCACCAAUGUCGGUAAACUACAAAGGCUUUGUGAUUUAUACCAUUUUCUUUGGGUUUGCUUUCGGCUGGCUGAGCUCGGUGCUGUUUGAGACCCUGAUGGACCUGGUGGGAGCCCAGCGCUUCUCCAGUGCCGUCGGGCUGGUCACCAUUUUGGAGUGUGGUCCUGUGUUGUUGGGACCCCCUUUGCUUGGGAAGUUCAAAGACGUGUAUCACACAUACCAGGGCUGCGGCAUCCUCCUCUUCGUCUCCAGUUUCAUCCUGUUUGCGUGGAUGGGACUCAACUAUCACCUGUUGGCCAAAGAGAAGAAAGAGGAGGAGAGUAGGGCCAGGGUGGGAAGCAGAGAACAAAACUCCAACAGGGAUAUUGCUGCCAAGGAGAUGGCAGAGGCGAGGAACACAGAAGACACUGUCUAA